CUUGUGCAACACAGAUAACAGUUGAACACAGCACAUGCAGCCCUUGGACUGGAGUUCAAAUGGAUGUUAGGUGCGAGACAGGUUCCGGGACCCUAGAGCUUCCUCAGGCUUAAGCACUAGCAUCCGCAGCGUGGGUAAUCAAUCGCCGUUCUGUACUAAAUUACACAUGCAUCUCUGCAAACACAGUAGUCCAUCGCAUUGUUCACAAAUCAUCCGCACAGCCACCUGGGCAGCUUGAGUUGCAUUUUAAUAUUCGCACUGCAGACCAACCACCAGAAUAUUUAAGCUCUCGCAAUCUCACAGCCAUGGCCGCCUCCUCGUCGCCGCCGUCGUUUGUUCCCGCGCUCAUCGUGGUCGACUUCCAGGAGGACUUCUGCCCUCCUUCUGGCUCUCUCGCCAUCCCGCACGGCCGCGAUAUCGCCCCAGUCGUCAACGAACUCUUAGCCCUGCCGUCUUUCGCCGUCCGCAUCGCAACCCAGGACUGGCACCCGGCAGACCACAUCUCCUUCGCGGCAAAUCAUCACACCGAGCCGCCCAAGCAGCCCUUUGAAGACACCGCCACCAUCGUCAACCCACAGAAUGCGUCAGAGACCUACGAGACACGCCUGUGGCCUGUUCACUGCGUCCAGGAUACCCCCGGCGCGGAGCUUGUGCCGGAGCUGGCAGCUGACAGGGUCGAUGUCGUGGUCAAGAAGGGCACGGACGCACGCGUGGAGAUGUACAGCGCCUUCUAUGACCCGUUCGAGAGCCCUCGGGUGUGUGACUCUGGCCUGACGCGGCAGCUGAAGGACAGAGGUGUCACACACGUCUACGUCGUCGGCCUCGCGUUCGACUACUGUGUGAGUGCCACGGCCGCUGAUGCCGCCAAGGAGGGCUUCGCCACGUAUGUGGUCGAGGAGGGCACACGGGCAGUCGACGGCGCCGGCUGGGAGAAAUGCAAGGAGAAUUUAGCCAGCGAGGGCGUCAAGGUUGUCAGCAUGAAUAGAGAAGAAGUUCAAAGGUUAAAGGCCGCGGUCUGA